AUGCGCGCCGCGGUCGGCAGCGGUGCUAGCGCUUCUGCUGCAGCGUGUGCGAUCCCCAAAGCCGUCUCUUUGACAGUUGCCGACAUUGACACCCUGGCAAGGCGGGACGGCGCCGUUUCCAGUGAUGCGGUUAUUAGCCAACAAGGUACGGUGACGUCGUCGCGCUCGAUGGCAGAGCUGGAGGCCGUGGUGCAGGCGCUGCAGCAAGAGAAUGCGGAGCUGCGCGAGAGGCUGGAGCGCGAUCGACGCCAAAUGUUGCGGUCCGCCAUGGAUGUUCGCGACUUGCAUGCAAGCCAAAAGGAGAUUAGGCAGAGGGACUUGGACCACAUAGAGUGGCUGCACUGCGAUAAUCAGAGACUCAGGAAAAUACUCGAGAUGCAAGGCAGCGCUCAAGAGCUUGCAGACGCGGUGCCGCCACAACCACCAGCUGCAGCGCCGGCGACAGCUCUGUGUCCAUCAUCGGGGGGCCUUCGCUCUUUGGCGGAAAUGCCUGCCGAGCUCAAGGCAGUGGAGGAGGACACGCCAGCACUUCAGGCGGAGGUGGUGCGCCAGCGCGCCGCGCAGGCCCUCAAGACGCAGCAUCUUGGCGACCUGUGGGGGCAUGCGGAGCGCGCUGAGAGUUACGUGCAGGACCUACUCCAGAAGCUGGAACACGUGCAGCGCAUCGUGCGUGAGGAGAGCGACAACUGUGCACGCCGGUCCGAACACCUCGAAUGCGCUGAGCAGCCGCUGGAGGAUAUCGUCUCCUUCGUGUCCCUUCGCGACCACUCGAGUGCGACGCAGCUGACCGGGCCCAACUCCACUGCUCAGUCCCCCUUUGCCGCUGUGGGGCGGGGUGAACAUAUCAAGCGGGCCGCGGCUGUUCACGGAGGCUGA